AUGGCUGACGCUCCUCGUGGACGUGGAGGAUUUGGCGAUCGAGGUCGUGGAGAUCGAGGCCGGGGAGAUCGUGGUCGAGGACGACGAGGACCUCGACGUGGUGGUGCGAAGUCUGAGGAGAAGGAAUGGCAACCGGUUACCAAGUUGGGACGACUCGUCAAGGCUGGCAAGAUCCAGAGCAUGGAACAAAUCUAUCUGCACUCUCUGCCCAUCAAGGAAUACCAGAUUGUCGACUGGUUUUUACCCAAGCUCAAGGAUGAGGUGAUGAAAAUCAAGCCUGUCCAGAAGCAAACUCGCGCCGGUCAACGGACCCGAUUCAAGGCUAUCGUGGUCAUCGGCGACAGCGAAGGCCACGUCGGUCUCGGCAUCAAGACAUCCAAAGAAGUGGCCACGGCCAUCCGCGCCGCCAUCAUCAUCGCCAAACUCUCCGUCCUUCCCAUCCGACGAGGCUAUUGGGGUACCAACCUUGGUGAACCACACUCCUUGCCUACCAAGGAGUCCGGCAAAUGCGGUUCCGUCACGGUGCGAUUGAUCCCUGCCCCUCGAGGAACUGGUCUUGUCGCGUCCCCCGCUGUCAAGAGAUUGUUACAGUUGGCUGGUGUGCAAGACGCAUACACUGCGUCUUCCGGGAGCACGAAGACGUUGGAGAACACAUUGAAGGCAACUUUCGUGGCGGUCAGCAACUCGUACGGUUUCUUGACACCCAACCUAUGGAAGGAGACCAAACUCAUCAGAAGUCCUUUGGAGGAAUAUGGUGACGUGUUGAGAGAAGGCAAGCGAUACUAG